AUGCCACCAAACUCCAAAGUCGUAGAGGAUCGCCGACAAGUCAGCUUUCCGCAUUUGCCGUACCCCGUGACGCGGAAUGCGGAGCCGCGAACCCCGCAGCACUGGCUGAAGGGCAAGCGGCUACAAGACGGCGCCGAGGGACUCUGGAGAAUACACGACUCGAUAUAUGAUCUGACAAGUUUCGCGAGUGUACACCCUGGUGGCGCCGAGUGGAUCACUCUUACUAAGGGAACUGAUAUAACAGAAGCCUUCGAAACGCAUCACCUUCACGGCGUUGCCGAAGGAGAAUUGCCCAAAUACUUCGUGAAAAAGAUCGACACUCCUAGAAACUCACCGUUCACAUUCCAAGAAGAUGGCUUCUACAAAACCCUUAAGCCGAAAGUCGCUGAAAAGUUAAAAGAUAUACCAAAGAAUGAAAGAAAGCGGAGCGACAUGAUAACCGACCUUGUGUUGGUGGCAUUCAUAGUUGUCAGUUCUCUGUCUUGUUGGAUGAUGAAUAAAAGCAUUUGGAUUGGACUAGCCUUAAUACCGGCAAGCGGUUAUCUUUUGUCAUGCGUUGCAAUUGCUGCUCAUAACUACUUUCAUAGACGGGAUAAUUGGAGAAUGUACUUAUUCGAUCUUCUUGGAUCUUCUUACAGAGAUUGGCGCAUUAUGCACGCGCUAUCCCAUCACCUUCAUACAAAUACAGCUCAAGACCUGGAACUUAGUGCGUUUGAGCCUUUCUUAGUGUUCUUGCCCUAUAUGUCUAAAACUACGUUUGAGAAAUUGGCUGCCGUAUACUGGCCCGUGAUAUAUUCAUUCGCAUGUUUGGUGCAACUCGGAAAAGAAGUUGUAUUCUCCACAAUAAACCACGAAGGCAAGCAUUUAAACUGGACCAAUGCAAUUCCAUUCCUGAUACCGACAUGGAUGUGGUAUCUCGGGGGCCUGCCUCUGUACUGGACAGUCCCAGUCUGGCUUGGAACGAUGUUCUCCGCCAGCUUCUUCUUCGUGAUGUAUGGAAUUACCGCGGGACAUCACGCAGAAGAUAACUUUUUUGAGGGUGAUAAGCCUAGGGCCGAGUACAUAGACUGGGGUCUCCAUCAGCUCGAUACGGUGGUGGAGAGGAUCGACUACGCAGGCAACCACUUCAAGUCUCUCACGCGGUUCGGCGACCACUACCUCCACCACCUGUUCCCAACCUUGGACCACGCCGAGCUCAAACACCUCUACCCGGUAGUCCUAGAACAUUGUGAAAAGUUUCAAGUACAAUUGAGAACGACUACGUUCUAUCAGGCGUUCGUGAACCAAUACAAACAGCUUUUGAGAACCAAACCGCAUGACUUUAAAGCAAAAUAAAAUAAAAUAAAACCGGUCAAGUGCGAGUCGGACUCGCGUUCCAAGGGUUCCAUACAUAAGUCCGGCUCACGCUUGACUGCACAUUUCUAAUAGGUUUCCUAUCAUCUGUUGAUAAAGUACUAUUAUGUGUAUUUUUUCCAAAUUUUAGGCCCAGUAGUUUCAGGGAUAAACGGGAGGGGGGGGGAAAUUCGGAUAAACGGAACCGUAAAAUUAUGUAAAAACGGAACCGACAGAAAAUUCUUUAUAAUUUUCGAUCCCUAUUCACCAAAUUUCACUAAAUCGGUUAAGAAAUGAGAACAGUAAAGGAGAAGAUCCAAAUAUACAAAAACAUUCUUGGCCAAACUGAAAGAAAGAACUUUGCUUUUGCUCGGUCAAUUACACCAAUUAUUAAAAAUAUGUAAAAUAAAGUAAAAAUCAGAUAUGUUCUCCAAUGUGCAUAUGAAUACAUGUCUACUAUCUAUGCAGUAUGCAUGUCAUAUUAAUACAUACUUAUUGGCAAGGGUAGAUUAGCUAGUGUACAUACAGCUUGAUUAUUUUUAUCAUUAGAUUACCGCGGUAUUGGUUGGCUGGAAUAUGGUUUGAUACAAUAGUUUCUAUUCUACUUAUAAGUAUACAAAUACAUACUACAUUUACGAUUUCACUUUUAGCAAUAGGUAGUACCAUCACAUUAGGAAUAUUGCUGUUGUAUACAUAAAUAAAAUAACUUGGUUAUA